UAGCGCCGGGGGAGAGAGAGAGGAGGGCCGGGGAAGAGACAGCCCAGCCUCCAUGUGAUAGGCGCGUCACGUGACCAGCAGCAGUAGUAAGACAGGUACCUUCAGUUGAGCCUCAGUAAGAGGCGAGCUGCCUGCAUGAGUGGAGCUGUGUGUGACUGCUGCUGCUGCUGCUGCUGGGGACUGUAGAUCCAAUCAGGGGCUGGAUGGCGUGGGACAUGUGUAACCAGGACUCUGUAUGGAGUGACAUAGAGUGUGCUGCUCUGGUCGGUGAAGACCAGCCUCUGUGCCCCGAUCUUCCUGAACUUGAUCUCUCUGAACUUGAUGUUAAUGACUUAGAUGCCGACAGCUUCUUGGGUGGAUUAAAGUGGUACAGUGACCAAUCAGAAAACAUUUCCAAUCAAUACAGCAGCGAAUCAUCCAACAUAUUUGAGAAGAUAGACGAGGAGAAUGAAGAGAAUUUGCUAGCAGUUCUUACAGAGACAUUGGACAGUCUCCCUGUGGAUGAGGAUGGAUUGCCUUCAUUUGAUGCACUGACGGAUGGAGAUGUGACCAAUGCACAUGAGCCUAGCCUUUCAUCUAUGCCUGACGGCACCCCUCCAAUUCAGGAGGCAGAAGAGCCGUCACUACUUAAGAAGCUGUUACUGGCUCCAGCUAACGCUCAGCUGAUUUACAAUGAGUGCGUUGGUUUCACUACGCAGAACCAUGGCAGCUCCAGUCAGAGGAUCAGAACUAAUUCUUCGGUUAUUAAGACCGAGAAUUCAUGGAGCAAUAAACCGAAGGCCAUUUGUCACUCCCAAAAGCCACCACGGCGUCCUUGCUCAGAGCUCCUUAAGUACCUGACUUCAAAUGACGACCCUCCUCAGACCAAAUCGACAGAGAGCAGAAACAACAGGCUUGACAAAUGCAGCAGCAAAAAGAAGCCGUACUUACAGCCCCAGCCACAUUAUCAAGCCAGGUCAAUGAAUUUGUCGCUCCCCUUGACGCCCGAGUCACCAAAUGACCCCAAGAGUUCCCCAUUUGAGAGCAAGACUAUUGAACGAGGCUUAUGUAUGGAGCUCUCUGGAACUGCAGGAUUAACUCCACCUACAACACCUCCUCACAAAGCCAACCAAGAGAACCCCUUCAGGACCUCUCCUAAGUUGAAAUCUUGCAAAUCUUCUGUGCCACCUGCUAAAAAAUCACGCUACAUUGAGUCUUCCAGUAUCCAAGUUCUAUAUCCAGCUAAGAAAGGUCCAGAGCAAUCAGAACUUUAUGCACAGCUCAGUAAAGCGACUGUGGUAAUUGGACAAGAGGAGAAAAAAUCAAAGCGACCUAGUUUACGACUUUUUGGAGACCACGACUACUGUCAGUUUAUGACUUCAAAAUCUGAAAGACAUAUUAGUUUAUCACAACAAUUACAGGCCUCAAGACAUCUUGAAUGUAAGGAUCCUUUGCCUGGCAAAGAACUGCAAGUCUGUUCAAACACUGACCAAGAGCAAUGCCAGAAAGACAGCUUACCAGUCACAAUGCCAAGUUCUCAGAACAGCCAUAGGAAACCGCUCCAGGACCAGGAAAUACGAGCCGAACUCAACAAGCACUUUGGGCACCCAACGCAGGCAGUCUACAACAAUGAAACUAAAAUCAGUGAACUGGUGGACAGUAAAUACAGUGAUGAACAGUUGUCAAGACUACCUUUGUUUCUAACUGCCGGGUUGGGAAUAGAUAGUUUGUUUGAUGACAGCGAGGAUGAAAAUGAUAAACUGUGCUAUACUUGGGAUGAAACACAGUCAUAUUCAUUAUUUGAUGAAUCACCGUCUUGCUCUACUUUUAAUUCUCCAAGUAGAUAUUCAGUAUCCCCACCAACAUCCCUGUUUUCACAAAGGAUAUGCUCUAGAUCAAGAUCUAGGUCCUUUUCACAGUUCAGAUCAUCUUCUCGUUCUCCAUAUUCUCGUUCAAGAUCCAGAUCUCCAUCAAGCAGAUCAUCAUCAGGGUCUUGCUGCUACUCUGAGACUGAUCAUUGCAGAGAAAAAAGUUCUCCAAUGUAUGCACGGUCAAGGUCACCGCGUGGUCGUAGGCCCAGAUAUGACAGCUAUGAGGAAUACCAACAUGAACGGCUGAAGAGGGAGGAGUACCGCAAGGAGUAUAAAAAGCGUGAAUCCGAGAGAGCAAAACAAAGAGAGAGACAAAGGCAAAAAGCCAUUGAAGAACAUAGAGUGAUUUUCGUGGGUAAAAUGAGAUCUAGCAUGAGCCGCACGGAGCUGCGAGCACGGUUUGAGGUUUUUGGAGAAAUUGAGGAAUGCACAGUAAAUCUGCGGGACGAUGGCAAUUGUUACGGAUUCAUCACCUAUCGCUACACCUGUGACGCUUUUGCUGCUCUUGAAAAUGGAUACACGCUGCGCAGGUCAAAUGAGCCAGACUUUGAGGUUUGCUUUUGUGAAAGAAAGCAGGUGUGCAAGUCCAACUAUGCAGACUUAGAUUCAAAUUCAGAUGACUUUGAUCCUGCUUCCACCAAAAGCAAGUACGACUCCAUGGAUUUUGACAGUUUGCUCAAGGAGGCGCAGAGAAGCCUGCGUAGGUAACGAGCAACGCCGCUAAGCCUGAUUAGGAAUAUGGAGAAUACCUCAAGGACAUUGCGUCCUUCAAUAACAGACUCUUAAAAUUUAAACCUAGGAAUUUCUCCUACUUUACACUCUGUAUUACAAUGGUUUACAUGAACAAAGCUGCUGAAGACUGAAGAGGCAAAGUAAUUAUCAAACAAAACGCACAGGCCAACAUGGGUGUCAGAAGUGUGUUGCUGGAUUGUGCCAGCAAUGACUGAUGAAUGGUAAGACCACCUGCCCUCCAUCGGGGAACACUCGAUAAGCUCUACAGUGAAGGCAAAAUAUUUAUUAUUCUUAGGUUCACAACUACUGAUGCCAUGGUGCGCCCCAUCCUUCCUCUCAUUUCUUUCAUUUCAAGAAAGCAAAACUCCUAAUGAGAAAAAAACUGUUCAGUACAGACAAUGCCUUAGUGACUUUAUUUUUUUUCUAUUGGGAACCUGAUGAGGAAACCAUGGAAAUAUUUUUUCUUUUCUAGCAGCCACAAGACUAUUACUGCUUCUCUGUCCUUAGACUCCCAUGACACCCAUGCAAUUGUCUACAGUGUCGACCUCCUACAUCAAAAGCCUUGUCACGUGGUCAAUUUCACAGCUUGUUCAGCAUUAUUUUUUCUGAUGAGUGGAUGUGGUGUUACAUAAUAAAUACAUCGGAGGCAAGCCCAAGUAGUUUGUAAGCUACGUUGUAAACUUGUAGUAAAAGUAUUUACAGAUAUGAACCUUCUUCCCUGCCA